GAGAAGCCCACUUAGCAGUUUAAACUUUUGAAUACCAUAUUCUCUUCCCUCUCAAAAACUCUCUAUAUGAAAAGAGAGACCACCAAGUGUUCGCGAAAAUGCCCGAGAGAGACUCCAUAGUCAACACACCACAACAAAGCAUAACUCUCCGAAGGUCUCCAAGAUUUCUUCAACCCAAGAACACUCUAGAACCAGAGAAACCCCCCAAGACUCUCCGGAAGUCUCAGACGCUUGUCCACCGUGAAAAGAGCGCUUCAGAAUCCAAAAACUCGAGAACCGCCAAGUCCAAAAGAAAAAGCAGAUCUGUUGUUCGCUCUUCGAGGGUGCCUGGAAAAUCUGCACAGGAGUGCUUUGAUAGAGUCCAUUAUGAGCAUAUAACCCCACCUCCACCUCGUACCCGAUCAAGGGCAGAGAUCUUAAAAAAUUCAUCCCCACUUGGACAAUUUUCACUCUCUGCAAGUAAACUACUUAAACCCACUGAGCCAAAGGCUAAAAGGUCAAACUGCAAUAAACAGAGGAGUCAUAUUGCCCAGAAAACUGUCAGAAAGUUAUUACAAAAGCAUCAUCAAGUGUACCAGGAUUAUGAGGCAGAUCUAUUUUCAGUACUUGAGCCCAGUCUAGAUUCAUCUACUGAGAGUCAGCCUAGUGUAAUACUUUCUACCCCAAAGAAUUUAAAGGGAAAACAGGGACUUCUGCAAAAGUGCAGUCAAAGAUCUUCAGAUCAUAAUAUGAAGCCCAUGUCGAGAUUUAGUAGCUCAUGUGGGGAACCUCUUGUUAGCCCCCCUGUAUUGAAGCAGGUCAGAAAUAGGGUCUGGCAUGAGAAGUAUAUUGACCAAUUACAUAACAGGGAAGCUAAGAGAAAAGCAGCCUCUACAUGCACUAAAAAAUCCACCGUCCAGGAAGUGGAUAUGGUCAGAACUGCAAAACUUGCCCUGGUUUCUGAAGCAAGAGAUGCUAUCAAUAAGCUCCAACAUCUGCAGGCCAAUGCCAUGGAAAACUCUUCUGAUUUGGAUGAGGAUGGGAUUGUAAAUGACGAUGAGGAAGGCGAAGACGAUACUUAGUGAUGUGAUUUAUCUCCUUUCUUUUUCUCAGCUAUGUAACAUACUAAUAGAGAUGUAGCAUUUCCUAUCACAAUAAUUGAAGAUGCCUUCUGUAACUGCUUACUUUGGAACCUGUAGUGUAUUCUAUCAUUGAUCCCUAAAUUUUGUAAUUUUUUUUAUUUUUUAUUUUGUAAAAGAAA